AUGUGCCUCACCUCCUUCACUGUGGCUCUGAUCUUUACCAUGGGCUCAGGAAACUACUGGAUGGAGAUCUUCAACAGCUAUGCGAUGUCCCUGCGAGCAGACGCAGCCCAGUGUGGAGGGGUGGUGGUGGAGUUUGAGUCUGAUGACAUCAGGGGAGGCUCGGGCCAGGAAGGGUCAGCCCUCAUCUACCUCAGGGGCCCUAAAUUCCUGAUCUACGUCAGUGGGGCACUGUCCAUGUGGGGUGACCGUAUGUGGCACUUUGCCAUUUCGGUGUUCCUGAUCGAGCUGUAUGGACGUAACCUGCUGCUGACCGCAAUAUUCGGCUUGGUGGUGGCGGGGUCAGUGCUGCUGCUAGGGGCGUUGAUUGGGGACUGGGUUGACCGCAACCCCAGGAACAAAGUGGCGCAUGCAUCGUUGUUGGUUCAGAACAUUUCAGUGACGGUGUGUAGCAUUGUGCUGAUGUUGGUCUUCUUAUAUAAACAGUGGAUUGAGAGCAUUUGGGAUGGCUGGUUAACGGUGGUUUGUUAUACGGUGGUGAUCGUCCUGGCAGAUGUGGCUAACCUAGCAAGCACAGCGCUGACCAUCGCCAUCCAGAGGGACUGGAUUGUGGUUAUCACUGGAUACAACCGGGGUCACCUCGCCGGGAUGAAUGCUACCAUGCGGCGCAUCGAUCAGGUGACCAACAUCCUGGCACCGCUGGCGGUGGGACAGGUCAUGACCCUGGCCUCCAACGUGAUCGGCUGCGGCUUCAUCCUGGGCUGGGAACCUGGUGUCCUCAUAGUGGAGUUUAUCUUCCUUUCCUUUCGGGUCUACCGCAUUGUCCCAGCGCUGUCCGUCAAACCCCGUGCCCGAGGACGGCCAGGCCUCCCCUGGAGAGACCAGCAGAGAGGACGGAGGGACUGGUGGGAGAGGAGGGGGAACACAAGGUCAGUGUCCUGGGUGUCCUGGUGCCCACUGUGUGACUGCUUCAGCAGUUGA